AUGGUUCUUAGACGUUUGCAUGCUGAUCCACGCAUAUCAUAUUUCUUCGCGGGCUCUAAGACGGAUAUCAUCAAGGAGAAGCUCAGUCUGUACCUUGAUCAGAUUUUCGGUGGAGUUGACGAGUAUACCGGUCGAGACAUAGGCCAAGUCCAUAGCCUCAUACAAAUUAGUGACUUCCACUUUGAUUGCUUCAUACACGCAUGCGCUCAAUCAUUCGUGGAAGCCGGACUGGAUGAAGAGGCUAGUGACGAGUGUGUCGUCCUCUUGGAAGCAAGUCGGGCAUCCAUCAUUAACUCCAAUGCGAGGGAUCACGAUGUGCGGAAAAUGCUGACACUUGCCAAUAAGAAAACAUUAUUUGAGAUAUUGGGUGGUGAAACAGCCAUAACGAAUCUAGUUAACCGAGUAUACGAACAGGCUAUCGUUGAUACUCGUCUGCGGUCAUUUUUCGAGAAAAACAAAGCAAAAAUACAGUCGAUUAAGAAAAAGAUGUCGCAGUACGUUUGUGGCUUGGUCGGUGGUCCUAUCAAGUAUGAUGAAGCCGACCUUCAACCAGCACAUUACGCUAUCAACAUCACCAACUUCCACUUCGAUGCGAUCCUUGAACUCUUCAGAGGCUGUCUAACUGGAGACAGUAUCGACAGACCAAUUGUCCGAGAUUUCCUCAAAGCCUUACAGCCAGUAAGGAGGCUGGUUACAACAGGGUUCACAUUGCGCAGCGAACUGGCAAAGCGGAAUCUAGAAAAAGGCCGAGACCAGCUAUUCAAGAAGUUGGGCGAGAGCGACGGGAUCAUUGCUCUCAUUGACAAGCUCUUCGGCGUGCUGUUAGCUGAUACGAGAGUAAAUGACUUCUUCGCGAACAGGACAGAAACGAAAGUUAACUCUAUCAAAAAAGGGAUCGCGACGGUUCUCAUUGAGACCUGGGGUGGCCCGAAGACCUACCAAGGUCGUGAGAUUGCGAACAUCCAUCGAGAUGUCGGAUUGAACGACUAUCAUUUCGAUGCAUUUCUUGCUGACCUACAAAAGGCUUUGAUGGGAGCCGGAGCGGAUGAGCAACUCAUUGACGAGGUUAUUGUAACUGUUGAGCCCUUGCGACAGGGCGUACUAGGCCGGAAAGAGAGCAAUGUGACACAGCUAGCGCACAAGGACGGCGUGGCUCUCAUAGAGCGCUUGGGUGGUGACCUCAACCUGGAAAGUGUUGUGGAGAGCUUGUAUGAAAGGUGCCAGGAGGACACAAGAACGAAAUACUUCUUCGACAAGGGGAAGGCCAAAGCCAGACAAGUCAGAAUGAAGAUGUACCAGCUCCUCAGCGGGCUCUUUGGUGGACCAGUUCAAUACGACGUGGCCAACCUGAAGCCUGCUCACUAUGCUAUGGACAUCAGAGACUAUCACUUUGAUGCUGUCUUACAGCUCGCUCAAGAAGUCAUGAAGUCAAUGGAACUCGACGGAGACGCUAUCGACGACGCUUUACAGGUCAUGAAUAUGGUCCGCUCCGACAUCACCACGGGCUGUUCAGUUCGAACUGAGGUGGCCCGACGACAAGGGCAAAUGCAUGGUAACGACUUUAUUUUCACCAUCCUGGGUGGCGCCGAAGGGGUAGAAGGUUUCGUUCACCGCUUAUUCGAGGUCAUCGGUCUCGACAGACGAGUGAGCAUGUUCUUUGUUGGUGACAAAGUGAAGGCCAUGAAACCGUCACUGGUCGCGUACUUGUCAAUGGUAUUUGGUGGUCCUGCUGGAUAUACCGGCCGAUCCAUAGAGGACAUCCACGCUUUCCUUUCGAUCAAUGACUUCUUCUUCGACUGUUUCUUGAAUGAUUCUCAGAAAGCUCUGCGCGAUUUGGGAGUGGACCCAGCAAACAUCGAGCAUGUCCUCGUGAGUAUGGAAUCUCAACGCCCGAGAGUUUUGAAACACUAUUAUGAUGACCGAGGAUUUGUCUACGGCUAA